UCGAAUUUCGAACAAUUUCUUUGAAGCUUACAACACUGAACGCAACCAUCUUUCUUUUUUCCCAACUACACGACCGCGUGGACGUAGCUUUUAACAAAAGGGAACCAACACAAACAAAAUGACAAACUCAAAAGGUUAUCGCCGCGGCACCAGAGACAUGUUCUCUCGCCCAUUCCGUAAACAUGGUGUUAUUCCAUUGUCCACAUACAUGCGUGUGUUCAAAACUGGUGAUAUUGUUGAUAUUAAGGGACACGGUGCUGUACAAAAGGGUAUGCCAUACAAAGCCUACCACGGCAAGACUGGUCGCGUUUUCAACGUUACCCCACAUGCUGUCGGUGUCAUUGUAAACAAACGUGUCCGCGGCAAAGUUCUACCAAAACGUAUCAAUGUACGCAUUGAACACGUACAUCACUCCAAAUGCCGUGAAGAUUUCUUGCGUCGUGUUAAGGAAAAUGAACGCCUAUUGAAAGAAGCCAAGGCUAAGAAUGUUUACGUUAACCUCAAACGUCAACCUGCACCACCAAGGAAGGCUCACUUCGUUAAGAAAUUGGAAGAACCAAUUCAAUUGGCACCAAUUCCUUAUGAAUUCAUCGCUUAAAUUGAUAGUGUUAAAAUGUUUAUGUUUCUUAUGAGAAGAAGAAAUUAAAGAGAAUUUGUUUUUUACAAAAACAAAA